AUGAAAGUGGGCCGUGUGGCCAUCAUCACCCGAGGCCGUUAUGCCGGUAAGAAGGUCGUCAUCAUCCAGCCCAACGACACCGGCUCCAAGACGCACCCGUUCCCCUAUGCCCUCGUCGCCGGCAUCGAGCGCUACCCUCUGAAGGUGACCCGCCGCAUGGGCAAGAAGAAGGUUGAGAAGCGUAGCCGCAUCAAGCCCUUCAUCAAGACCAUCAACUACAACCACCUGAUGCCCACUCGCUACACGCUCGAGCUCGAGGGACUGAAGGGCGUUUUGACCAACGACACCUUCAAGGAAGUUUCGCAGCGUGAGGAGGCCAAGAAGACCAUCAAGAAGGCUCUGGAGGAGCGGUACACCAGCGGAAAGAACCGGUGGUUCUUCACUCCUUUGCGAUUCUAA